AGUUUGAGUUGUUGGACAAGUUAGUGACCGCAGGGGGCAACAGGCCCUUAACCAAGUGUUUUAUAGGGGGGGGAUAAUUUUGGCCCCCACCAAAAAAAAAAAAUUUGAUAAUCAUUCAUUUUUCAAAAUCAUGCAGACCUUUAUUAUUUAAUCCAUGACAAACUGCAAAGAGUGAAGAUAUUACCCAUACUUUCCUGCAACUUAUCCAAUGUAUCGUUAAUUCAAUACACCUUCGUCCAUUUAGUACUACUGAAUUCUAAAUUUCCACAAACUAAAAACGCUGUUUUCUGACAAUCAGAAAUCUGUCAAAUCUUCCCCAAAGUACAGGAAAUGGCAUUUCAGAGACUCUAAAUUUAAAAAUUUCCUCGGGCCUUCGGCCCUCGCUUUCAGCCCCCCCAAACGAAAAGAGCUUCCUACGGCCCUGCUCUCCCCCCUCCCCCUACUAUUAAAUGCGAUACCACACCAAACGUUUUGUUACCAACAAACCAUCUAUCAUUGCUCCACACUCGGUAUAGUAUGGUCCCUUUUUGUAGAUGGCCCCCCCACUGACGAAUUCUUAAAAAAUGCCCUGUCAUGACAACCAUUACGACGUCAUCACCAGUACGCCUGCCUUCCUUGCCCGUAAACAGUAUUGUCAUAAAUGCAAGAAGGGCUACGACAAGAUUACUGACCAUCCGUGUGGCGAUCUGUGCAAGCUGUGUCAUACCCAGAACUGUCCCAUCGUUGAAUGGAAAUUUUGCAAAGACUGUAACCGGUUCUUUAAAAGUGACGAAUGCUUCAACCGCCAUAAAGAUGACGCUGGUCCUGCCAAAUCCCUGUGCUGUGCUCUAAUUAAAUGCAAGAAAUGCAAACGUGUGGUUACUCGUGCCAGUCUUCGCGAUCAUCAUUGUGGCAAAGUCAGAUGUUCCACCUGUCAAAAGUACGUCAAGCCUGAAAACCAUCAAUGCUAUCUUCAACCUGUAAAGGCGAAGAAGACACGAUCCACUGAAGAACGAAACGAUUUGCUCGAUGAUGAUGUGGCCGUGGAAAACGACGUAGAAGACACCAAAAACUUAAUGUUCUUUGACUUUGAGUGCACGCAAGACGAUGGUAAACACGUCCCCAAUCUCUGCGUAGUCCAGAACGAAAGCGGUGACGAGAAAGUCUUUUCUGGGCCAAACACGAAAGACGAGUUUUGCGAGUGGAUGUUUCAGCAGGAAAACGCGAAUACGACGUUUGUCGCACAUAACUUUCAGGCUUACGACGGGUACUUUAUUCUACAAUACCUUUACAAGAAUGGUGUCACUCCAGAAAUCAUUACCCGUGGCGCAAAAAUCCUUUCCCUCACUGUCCCCGAAAUGAACAUCAAGUUUAUUGAUUCUCUCUGUUUCAUCCCAAUGAAACUCGCCGCCUUCCCGAAAACGUUUGGUCUCACAGAGCUUCAGAAAGGUUACUUCCCUCAUUUCUUUAACCGUGCUGAGAACCAAGACUACGUGGGACCUCUUCCAGACUCGAAGUUCUACGAUCCUGAUGGCAUGAGCAGCGAUGACCGCGAAAAGUUUUAUUCAUGGUACAACGAGCAAGUCCGGCGUCAGUACGAGUUCGACUUUCAAGCCGAAAUUCUUCGAUAUUGUCAAUCCGAUGUGGACAUUUUGCGUCGCUGCUGUCUCGAGUUUCGCGAACUUUUCAGCCAAAUCACAGAUGUUGACCCUUUUGCCUCUUGUCUCACCAUUGCUUCUGCGUGUAAUCUCGUCUUCCGUAAAACGUUCCUCCAGGAGAACACCAUCGCCGUCAUUCCUCCUUGCGGGUACAAGCCUGAAAACAAACAGUCCGUCAUUGCCUUGAAGAUGCUGGCCUGGGUCGCUCAACGUGAUAACACCGUCAUUCGCCACGCCCGGAACCACGGAGAGCAGCGCAUUGGCAAGUACUUUGUCGAUGGUUUCAACGUUGAAACAAACACUGUUUGGGAAAUUCAAGGAUGCCUGUGGCAUGGAUGCGAAAGAUGUUAUGCUAGAGAUACCGUGAAUCCGAUCAACCAUAUGACCAUGCAAGAUCUUAAGCAGCGAACCCUCGAGAAAAUCCAAUUCCUAAAGGAUAACGGACAUAAUGUCGUAGAGAUUUGGACGUGUGAUAUUGAGCGUCAACUUGCCACUGAACCCGAAAUGAAGGAUUUCAUCGACAAUUUCGAGAUUUCUGAACCUCUUGAACCUCGUCAUGCAUUCUUUGGUGGAAGGACUAACGCAACACGCCUAUAUUACGACGUCCAGCCAGAAGAGAAGAUCCGCUAUGUGGAUUUCUGCAGCCUAUACCCAUGGUAUGUAUCUUGUUGAAGUCCUUUAACUCAAACGUGUUUGCCGUUAACCUUCUUAAACAUUUUUUAGGUGUAACAAAUACGGCGAGUAUCCGAUUGGCCAUCCCAAGAUUAUUACUGAGAACUUUCAACCUAUCAGUGACUACUUUGGUUUGGUGAAAUGUUCUGUGCUUCCUCCUCGUGCCCUAUACCACCCCGUCCUCCCUUACCGUACUCAGGGUAAAUUGAUGUUCCCGUUGUGUCGUACCUGUGCCGACAACCUUCAGCAAGAGCCCUGCCAUCACAGCGACGCCGAGCGAACACUUCAUGGAACGUGGGUGACUUUGGAGCUCGAGAAAGCACUAGGAAAAGGCUACAAACUGAUGAGAGUCGACGAAGUUUGGCACUUCCCCGAGCACACAGAUGGACUGUUUAAGGACUAUAUUGAUACAUUCCUAAAAAUCAAACAAGAGGUAAGGUUUCUUCACAUGUGUGAUAUUGUCACAUUAUUAGUUCCUUAUUAUUCCUUUCCCUUUUGCAGGCGAGUGGCUUUCCUCCAGAAUGUGACACCGAUGAGAAGAAGGGACAGUACAUCGCUGAUUACGCCGCAAAAGAAGGUAUUCAGCUGGAUCCAAGACAAAUUGUGAAGAAUCCUGGUCUGAGGGCGUUGGCGAAGCUCAUGUUGAACUCUUUUUGGGGUAAGUGCAAUGGCAAAUUGUCCACUAACGAUACUUGGGAAAAAACAAGUGUUUGUUAAAAACCUAUCAUUUCUUGUAGGAAAGUUUGCGCAACGACCCAACAUGACCAAGGUAAAAAUCAUAUCGGAUCCAGCUGAAUAUUUUGACCUCCUAUCCAGCGAUCAGAUUAACGUCACCGACGCGAACUUCAUUAACGACGAGCUCAUCGAAGUCCAUUUUGAAAACGUUGACGAAUUCGUGGAAGCCGACGGAAAGACAAAUGUGGUCAUCGCAGCGUUCACCACAGCCCACGCCCGCCUCAAGCUCUAUGGUGUCCUGGAGCAGUUAAAUCGCCGAGUCUUAUAUUUUGACACAGAUUCAGUUAUCUACGUUUCAAAGGAAGACGAAUGGGAGCCGCCGACGGGAUCCUAUCUUGGUCAACUAACGGACGAGUUAGAUGGAGGUUACAUUACAACCUUUGUGUCUGGAGGUCCUAAAAACUAUGCCUAUGAGACAAGCACAGACAAAACAGUAUGCAAAGUUAGAGGGAUCACCUUAAACUACAGAACUGCACAAAAGGUUAAUUUUAAUUUAAUGUGUGAUAUGGUCUGUUUAGAAGCGUUGUCUGAUCUCACAGACAGCAUAACUGUAAAUAUACCCUACAAAAUAAAUAGAGACACUAAAGAGAAAAGUGUAAAAACAAGGAGUGAGAACAAGGACUAUCGUAUUGUAUAUAAUAAACGUGUGAUUGUAAAUAAUUUUGAUACAUUACCUUAUGGUUUUUAAAUUAAUAAAUGAUUUCAAACAUUAAAGCUAUGUGUGUAAAGGUACAACUGCGGGGAUUUUCUCCCUAGAGGAACUAUCGCCUAUGAUAUGGACUAAUGUUGGUAAUUAUGUUUCCAUGGGGACAUUCAUCUGUGCCGGGGACGUCCGGGGACAAAAAUUAGUCCCCGGAGGGACUAAGGGACAUUCGACUGUAUUAGGGAAUACUGUUGGUAAUUAUGCCCCCAUAGGGACAUUCUUAUGUGCCGGGGACGCCCGGGGACAAAAAAUUAUUCCCCAAAGGGACUUUCUAAAGCGACAAUCGGCUAUAAUAGGGACUAUGUUGGUAAUUAUGUUUCCAUGAGGCCAUUCGUCUGUGUCGGGGACUUCCGGGGACAAUCGGCUAUAAUAGGGACUAUGUUGGUAAUUUUGUCCCCAUGGGGAAAUUCUUAUAUGCCGGGGACUUCCGGGGACAAAAAUUAGUCCCCGGAGGGACUUUCUAAAGGAACAAUCGGCUAUAAUAGGGACCAAUGUUGGUAAUUAUGUUUCCAUGAGGACAUUCGUCUAUACCGGGGACAUCCGGGGACAAAAAUUAGUCCCCAAAGGGACUAUUUAGGCAGUGGUAUGCUCGGAAACAUUCAUUUGAUAACAUGCCUCGAACGCGUAAGGUCUGUCCCAUGUGCGGAAAGAAAGGUUUAUUAAAAUUAUCUAAUCAUUUAACCAAUGUUCAUAAACUAUCUACUCAAGAGAGACAACCAUACCUUAUUCGUGCUAGGAAAAUGCCUAUUGAUAAAGCAACGGUAUUGGUCGAGUUGCAAAAGAUAAAUAGACUGAUCGAAAAGUAUCUGCUUUCAUUUUCAUCAUGUACUCCAUACAGUUAAGACACCCGUUUGGGCUUCUCGUUUCUGGCGGUACAAAAUCAGGCAAAACCACCUUUGUGAAAAAGCUUCUCAGCUAUGCCAAUGUGCUGAUUGAUCCAACGCCUGAAAACAUUAUUUACUUCUAUGCCGAAUAUCAAGACGCUUUUGGAGAAAUACAAAAUUUAGUGCCUGGUAUAAAAUUCAUACAAGGCUUGCCGGAUAAUAUAAUGGACAGUAUCAAUCCAGAAACGCGCAAUUUGUUCAUUAUUGACGAUAUGAUGGGUGAGAAGGACGGAGUGAUUUCUAAAUUGUUCACGAAAAAAUCGCACCAUGGUAAUCUAAGCGUAAUCUACAUUGUGCAAAACUUGUUUCACCAGAGCAAAGAGCAUCGCACAAUAUCUCUCAAUGCAAGUUAUUUAUGUUUAACGAAAAAUGUUCGCGAUGCAAGUCAAAUUACUCAUCUCGCUAAACAGCUAUACCCGAGUCAAACGAAGUUUUUCCAACAAGCUUAUCAAUUGGCAACAAAAGAACCUUAUUCUUAUCUAUUUGUCGACUUAACUCCUACAUGUCCGGACGAGAUACGGAUUCGAUCCGGGAUCUUUCCAACAGACACGCAUUAUGUCUAUCAGCCCAGAGUAUAAAAAUGUGGGAACGUGUGUAAAAUGUUCAUUUGAUCAUGUCUGCUUGUAUGAAGAGGAACUCCGAACUUCUGAAAGUAUUGGCCAAGUGCAAACCCGAACUGAGAAAAGCUAUUUUGAAAGCGGCUGAAGACGAUUUAUUCGAAGCGAUAAGACAGUGUCUAUUAAACGUUUGGUUUGAAACGGUUAAACUGAAACCGAAAACAGCUAAAAAACUUGCACCGCAUUCCAAGCAUAUAAAGUUUGCGGCUGACAAAAGAAAUCCUGUCGUAAAAAGAAGAACACGUCUAGUCCAAAAAGGGGAGGGUUUCCUACCGUUUCUACUCACUUCAGUUUUGGAACAGUUGGCUAACUUUUUAUAAUGGAACACGUCAAGCGACUAGUCCUUGUCCCUGAACAUAUGGCUGAACAGCGAAAGAAACCUCUCGCGGCGCCUUUGGCGACACAGGUUAACGAAAUAGACUCAGACAUGCAGGAUAUUAUUCGACGACAAGAUAUACCAAUUGAUGAAAAGGCAAAGUUAUACGACCAGAAUCUACAACGCUAUUUAACCUUUUAUGAUAAACGAAUGAAUAAACCUCUCCGAGUAAACGUGACGCACACCGAUAAACCUGAAGACCCUCAAGGAGAACAGCCGAGUGAAGAGACUGAACCUUCAGACGAGAUUGAAACAGAUAUCAUGGACAGUGUACCAGCUACUAUGAAGUCAAGAGCUCGACAACUCAUCAAAAAACUCAAGUCAAAUAAAGAUCUUGUUGGUUGGAAUGAACAAGGCCAGAUGGUGUUCAAAGGAAGAUCGGUUCCUAGCACAAAUAUAAUUGAUUUGGUGAAUGAUUCUCUACGUCAAAGGAAGAAUUUCAACCCCGACGGCUGGGAAUUGUUUUCAAAAGUUCUCGGGCAUUUGAAUGUACCCGAAGGUAUUGUGAGAAACGAAAACCGUCUUGGAAUUGUUCGCGAAUAUAAAACCAAAGGUAUCCCGGAAAAUCUACCCACCACCCCUCGAGUGCAAGAAAAGAGAAAAAACCGUAGAGACAAUAUUAGUAGUCCAUAUAAAUGGUUAAAAUAAUUUAUUUCUUGUAAGAGAAAAUUUUACAAUAAAUGUAUUUAAAACUAAAUCUAGUGUUUGUACCACUUGUCUAUAAAAUCACGCACAAGCUCAUCAUUCCAUUCUUUGCUAUCCGUAAACAUAUUUGCAAUGGUUGACAUUGGAAUACGUCUACAUCGAUGUAAAGCAAAGAAUAAUGUAUAUUGUCCACACACGUCUGAUGAAGGGGCUUGCAAAAUUCUUCUGUUCCAUGUAAAUGUAGCGCAAUGCUUGUCCAAAAAUUGAGUAAAGUUCUGAUUGUAAAAUCCAGGAGCCUGGCCAUACGAAUCCCAAAAUUCCCCUUUACCAUCUUCUGUAAGGUACAUUGCAAUCCAGUGUGAUCCGGGCAUAUCCGAUGCGUCCGUGUUAAGUAUGUACCCUCUAGGCCUCUUUCUUAUUUCGCGAGGUAAACGAUCUGACGGUAAAACGUCCGUAAACACCGUUUUUGUAAAUGGAUCAUUCUUGAGAAUGUUCAUAAUCUGCAGCGAGUUCAUCUUCAGUUGUUGAAAUCACACAGCACGUUUCGGUUCGCAUCAAUUUCGAUAAGACUUUGAAAUUCACCAAGUACCACGAUAUUUAUAGCUGUCUCCAACGGUGUUCCAAAUCGACAUUCAAUUGACACAUUUCCGUUCUUAAUCGGUUGUACAUGAUCACCAAGGCAUAAGUCAGGAGUGAGGUCAAACACAAACAGUGUAUAACCGUUUGCAUAUUCUUCACGCGUUAUACCAUUACCCUGAUUAUCAAAAAUCUUGUGUGCGCCGGCGUACAGGGUUUGAAAAGCAGAAAUGUAAUUACUGUCUGCUCCGAAUUUCAACUGUAGUGGUUUUCCAGGUAAGUUCUCUCCGUUGACAGUGAGACCCAUGGUUGUGAUAUCAUAAUUUUUAAAAUUGAACGGAUUCUUCGUAUAUGUACCGUUAAAGGCAUCCGCGUCGACCAUUCCAAUCACGAUACGAUUUGGUAAACCACCUUGAAAUAUAUUAGGUUGAUUUCCAGACAUAUUCCCUCGAGGUACGGAGACAACCUUGCAGUCGAUCCUGUUGAUUGGGUAUUUGGCGGUGAUUUGUUGAAGGGACUGGGAAUGAGCCAGUAUAAUACUAGGGCUACGUUAACUCGUCGUACACGAAACAAACAUUCCUCGAUGACCACUUUGAAAUUGGGAUCUUCUGCGGAUGAUACCAAACAAAACGGAUCUCUAGAUCUCACCAACUUGAUCUUGAUUGGAACAGCACCAAGAAUAUAACGGUCUUGCGCGAAUAGAUCAGAAUGAAGUCUUCCUUCCAUGGCGACAGAUUUGCUUUCACGUGUAUAUGCAUGGCGUUGUUUUAAUCCCGUGUUGACGUUGGCAUCUUGUGCGAGAGGAUUUACUACAUCCAUCUUUCCAGCUUUAUCUUUAUAGAACAGUGCUGAGGUCAAAUGUGAAUCUUUGGCGUCUUUACUAAAGUUCAGGAUCGUUUCGAUAUACGCUCGGUAAGGGUAUGCUGUGCUUGAUGGGGUGACCAGUUUGUUGUUCAGAAAUACUUCAACUUGUGAGAAUAAUGCAUGCAUCCAAAGGUUUGAAGGUCCAACUUGAAUGUCUGCACCCACAUUUCCUCCGGCCGCAGUAGCGAUCUUUGCUUUAACGUAUAGGUAACUGCUUGCUAAGUCGGUAUAAACACCAGAAUUUGCAGCACAUAAAAAUUCUAUCGUAUCUGAAGAAGAUAUACUCGUAAUAGGAUCAACAGCUUCCCAAAAUCCCUUUUCCAUUACCACUUGAGUCGGUGGAAUAGAAAAUAGAUCAAGUUCAGAUUUUGAACACAUACAAGAGUCUUUAUGCAUUGUUUCAAGAGCCAUGCCACUUUGGACUAUAGUUAUCGAGAGAUGUUUUCUGCUUCUUGGUUGGACCGCGAAUGGGCGUUUUAGCUGGCGCUGCUCUUUUUAUACCCUUUUUGCGACCCUUUCCGGUCAUUACUUUCUUGGCAACAUCAGAUACUGCUUGUUUUCCUCGUGUUUUAAAAGCUUCUUUUACAUUGUUUCCUUGGAGUACAUCUUGACCGACUUCUGUGGCUGCUUGCAAUGCUCUUUUACCAACAACUUUAGCACCUUGCUUGAACAGAGGGAUAGCAUAUCUCGCAAGGCUCUUAAAAAUACUUCCGAUUCCAUAUCCCCUUUGCAUACGUGCACCACGAAACCCUGCGAUAUUCCCACCACGUUGUUGUCUCAAAAAAUGGUCUUUCAAUAGUUUAGCAUCCACAACUAGUCUUCCGCGCAUUUUUAGAUAAAGUACUGAGAUCUCUUCUGUCUAAAGUGAAGUGUUGCGAUUGACUUCCCGAACUCAAAUGAGACGUUUUCGUUUUGGUCAUUCUUUAUAUUCACUUCAAUGGUCUCAAAAGAAUUUACUUUGACCGGUACGUAUUGCAAAUUACGAAAACUGGCGUGAAUGGUGUUUCCAUAUUCCCCUUCGAUAUUAACGAUUCGUAGUAAAGGUACUUUCACAUCGCCCACAAACUGUGCAUCAACGAUAUCAGUAUAGACAUACAUGGAGGAAAAUCCACCAUUGAUAUCUGCAGGAUAGGGACUCGACGGUUUCUUUUCAAUAAGUGUGUCCUGGUCAAAUCCCAAGACCGUUGCUAAUUCUCCGGUAAACCACACAGUUGUGUCGUGUUUUACAUCAACCAAAACUUUGCGAGAACUACGAUUAUAACUAAACUUCACUUUCGUUUGUGUUUCUUUUGACAUGCCGGCAUUGAGUGCUUUUGCUAGUUGCUCAAUAGAAGAAUAUUGUGUUUCUUUAAGCACGACAGUUUGAUAAGGGUUACUGCCAAUUUUAUACAAAAACGUUUGUUGCACUCCACGUUUUAGCGUGCUCCACGUAUGUGGAUAAUGCAGUUCCGUCAAUGCGACUUCCCAUUGUCCUGGCAAUACAAUGGUUUCAGCCAAUUUCACUCAAAAAUUCGCUACCGUAUUAUUUGGAAAAUAGGCUAACGAACUAUUACUCGGUAGCGUGAGAUAAAACUGUGUUGCCAUGUUGAAGACCAAUACACAAAUGAACACAACUGAUAUGUUUCAAAUACAUUUAUUUAAUAUCUUUUACACUCUCUGCUGGUACCCAAUCAUUUUACAAAAUACUCUUUACGUUUAUUACGCAUGCGUGAUCUAAGUACUUCUUCGACUCUAUAAUAAUCACUGUCUGAUUUGUUGACUUUCUGAAGUUCCUGCUCGUAAAAUGUUCCUUUCAAUUCUUCGUCAUCAAAAUCAGCGAGCUUGUACACGGGUGGGCGUCGAAGAACACGUUUGGUUAUCGUAAAUACUUCCUCGGUCCAAUUAGGUAGGUAUCCUUUCUUAAAUGUGCGCCUUGCUUUGCUGAUUCGUACUUGGUCGCCAAUGUUAAACUUAAACCGAACGGAUUUGUCUGACUCUUCUCCAUAAAGUUUUUGCCACACAAUGCUCUCCGUUUCAUCAAAAGUCAAACUUCUCAGCAUGUGCCGAAUGCAUUAAAAACAAUUAUAUAAUGAGGUAGGCGCCUGAUUGUGUAUUGUCUUUAAUGCAUUCGGCACAUGAAAAGUUCGACGUUUAAAACGGGCCUUAGUGAAAUCAAUGAAAGUCAUGAGUUGUCCGGCCAUCUUAAUGUAGAGGCUUAUAAACAGGAUUUAGCCAAAAUCCUUCAAAACCAACCUCAAGAUGGCGACCCAAACAUACUUUGGGAGGACUGGAAAAGAACAUUUUUAUUAGUGGCGGAUAUGCAUGCCCCUCCAGUUACCAGGAGAGUGCGGAGUGAGCAUGCACCUUGGUUAACAUCGGAAAUUAAAAAGAAAAUCUAUGACAGGGAUUUUUUAAAGAAAAAGUCAAUCAAAACUGGAUCUACUCAUUUCUUGUAAUGCAUAUAAAAAAGCUAGAAAGCAAUUAAAUAGUUUGAUAAAAUCUACCAAGGCCAAGUAUUAUAAUGAAGCGUUGAACCAGUGUAGAAAAGACCCGAAAACAAUGUGGAAAACUAUAAAUCAAUUAACAAACACAAAAUCUAAGACGACAAAUAAUAAUGAAUUGAUAAUCAACCAAGAAAUCGUAACAGAACCAGAGAAAAUAGCCGAUUCCUUGAAUACCUAUUUUAAUGAGAUUGGUACUGUUUUGGCUAAAGAUCUACCAAAAGGCAAUAUUCAUUUGAAACGUAUGUCGUCCCUACCGAUAAAUCAUUUGAAAUUAAUAGAUUUUCAUCAAUUAAUGUCAAAAAUGUAAUUUCGAAAAUUAAUACUUCUAAGGCAACUGGACAUGAUCGAAUAUCGCCGAAACUUUUAUGAAGGAUAGUGCCGAUAUUAUAGCUGAGUCGCUUACCGUUAUUUUUAAUAAGUCGAUAGAAACCGGCAUUUUUCCUGCCGAUUUAAAGGUGGCGUGCAUAUCCCCCAUAUAUAAGGGAGAAAGUAAGACAGAAUGUAGCAAGUACAGACCAAUAUCUGUCAUAUCUGUAGUUGCUAAAGUAUUUGAAAAACUAGUUUCAGGACAACUCAUGGAAUAUCUAGAAACCUAUCAGUUGCUGUUAGAGUGUCAAGCUGGUUUUAGGAAGAGAAGUUCGACUGUAACUUCUCUCCUUACUAAUACGAACCAGUGGUAUAUAAAUAUGGACAAAGGACUUUUAAAUGGCAUUAUAUUUCUUGACUUAAAAAAAGCCUUUGAUUGUGUGGACCAUGCUAUUUUGAUAGAAAAAUUAAAAAAGAUUGGCUGUGUUGGUAAUACUUUAAAUUGGUCAAAUCAUAUUUUACGAAUAGAAAACAGAUGUGUAAAGUUAACCAAACGACAUCAAAAUGUCAAACAGUUUCUUGCGGAGUACCACAAGGCUCUAAUCUUGGGCCAAUAUUAUUUCUGCUAUACGUAAAUGAUUUGCCAAAUUGUCUAAAAUCAACAACAGCCAGCAUGUUUGCAGAUGACACUAAUCUGACAGCGAGUGGUAGCACAUCAACUAAGUUGUACAAUAAAUUAAGUAAUGAUUUAGAAAAUAUACAUCAAUGGUUGUUGGCUAACAAAUUAACACUUAAUACGAGUAAAACUGAAUACAUGAUUGUUGGCUCCAGACAGAGACUAGGCAAAAUAGAUGAUGAAGCUGAAAUUAAAUUGGGAGAUAAUAAAAUAAAAAAAGUUUCAGAAACAAAAACUUUAGGUGUUAUUGUAGCCCGCGUGCAGGCCCAAGGGAACUGAUAGUGGGCCUGCAAGCAAGGCCCGGUAUUUUGUAAAACGCCCUUUUCAUAACACGCCGCAUUCGCGCGUCAAUUGUCAAAAAAGAACCAAUGACAACACCCAAAUAUUAACAAACAAACUCGCAUUAAAAUGUUGCGGGGUUUUCUCUGCUUAUUCAGAACAUAAACAAUGUGUAAAUGGCUGUGUUUUAACUCCAAAAAAGCAAGCAACGCAGUCAGUAAUUGCUAAAUUUGCAAGUGCUCAUUUCAACUAAAAUCGGAACAGGCAAAUUAGGACGAAUUUCAACAGAAAACCAGUCUCAAACUUCAAAUCGUGAGGGAAGUCGUGCGACCAAAUUAGCAUUUAUAAUAUGUGCUUCGCUGUCGCCGUUGUUAUAAAAUAAAUUGUCUCACUUAUCAGAUCGUGUGUGCAAUUCUUGUUGGCGGCGGAAAGUACGAAAUUUAUUUCAGUUAUUUCAUUUGGUAAAGAACUCUACAAAAGACGAGAGCGUUCAGAGUCCAGAUGUUUCAAACGGCAAUUAAUACCGUCUUCUGUUUCGCUCUCUCAGCGAAGCCUUGUAAAUCGCAAAGUGUUUCGAAUAGGCUUACAUGCCACUGCCUCUAAAUCUUCACCGCGAAAAGCGCUGUUUUCUUCAGUGCAAGAACAGAGUCAACAUCAACCAUGGCAAAUGAUAAUUUUCUUGAGGAACAUAUAACGUAUCAAGUCUGUUUGAAAUUAAUGAAACUCAAGUAAAGGUUACUAUAGUUUACCCCAGUCGUAAUGUUGCUAUUCCAACACCUCACGACAAGUAAUCCCCAUUGGCAUAACGCCAAAAACAUCUCUUCCUUCAAGUAAACAAUAAACAGUCUGUUCUUGUUCCAUUUAUAAUCGAAAAAAGCGAUCAAUUUUCGAAUUUUAAGCUUAUCGAGAGCCUUUGUGAUGAAUCACUGAUCUAAUUAUAGAAUCCAACAGCAAACAGCCAAUCAGAAUGCCGCGUUCGUGGGCGAACGCGGAAAGUACAAAAUACCGGGCCUUGCUUGCAGGCCCACUAUCAGUUCCCUUGGGCCUGCACGCGGGCUAGUGUUAUUGUCGAUGACCAACUUAAAUGGAAUUCGCAUAUAAAUACGGUUGCCACCUAAGUAUCAAAAGACAUAGGAAUGAUUCGACGAAUGAAAGCUUUUGUACCCCAAUCAACCCUUAUUUCUGUAUACAAUUCAAUUAUCUUGCCCCACUUUGACUAUUGCAGCCUUAUUUGGGAUAUAGGAAAUGCAUAUUCGCUCGAAAAACUCCAAAAACUGCAAAACAGGGCUGCAAGAGCCAUAACUGGUAAAUCAUAUGAUGUCAGAUCUAAGGAUAUAUUAGAAGAAUUAAGCUGGCAGCCAUUCAUGGAAAGAUGGGGUAAUAAUAAGGCGAUAUUUAUGCAUAAAGUUACGAAUGGUGAAUACUUAGAAAAUAUAUCUAGCUUGUUUGUCGUUAAAAAUAAUGACAAUUAUAAUUUACGAAAUAAUAAUAUCGAUUAUAAAUUAGAAAAGCCCAAAACAAACUUUUUAAAAAAAGCAUCAGCUAUUCAGGUGUAAAAAUUUGGAAUGAAUUACCAGUAGAACUGAAAAGCAAUUGCUUGUCAUUAAACGCGUUUAAAACCUUGCUUCGGGACAGACCUCAGCAUAAUACUUAAGUCUCAUCAUAUUAUGUGGUGUAAUGUGUAAUAUGUAAUGUGUAAUGUGUAAUGUGUAAUUUGUAACUAUAUACUAAUUGUAAUUAUUAACCCAAACUUUUUUGGUAAAUAUGUAUUGUGCAACGGCCCCUUGGAAAACAGCUCUUAUCUAUGUUGAAGGGCUACCGUUGUUUUUUAAAGAAGAUUAAAUAAUAAUAAUUAUAAUAAUAAUAAUAAUAAUAAUAAUAAUAAACGUAAACAAACAAGACUUUAGUGUAUAUAAAGACAACGACGUAAGCGAAUUUCACUUCGAGAAUCAUGGAAUGCAUUCACAGUUCUCAGGGAAAUCGCAUUCAUGAAUAGUACAGUAUGAAUGAUUUUGAAUGAUGUUAUUCUUUUAUAUAUCAUGAAAUUUCGGUAAACUUGAAAGAAUAUAAAACGAAACUAUACUUCACUAUCGACAAUGACUUUAAUUUAAUUAAUCACAGAAACUUUGACCGUAUAAGUGAACCUUUAAAGUUCAGAAGAUAUCUCUAUUUUCGGCAAGUUGUCCGUUCGUCAAACCGUCCGUUCGGCAAACUGUUCGUUCGGCAAAACGUCCGUUCGGCAAAACGUCCGUCGGCAAAGUGUCCGUUCGGCAAAGUGUCUUUCGGCAAAGUGUCUUUCGGCAAAGUGUCUUUCGGCAAAAUGUCCGGCCACCCAAAACCUAGACGAUAACGCGUUUAUAGCGCCUGAUUUAAAAAAAUGUAGAUGUACGCUCGCGAUCAUACGGGAAAUCAAUACAAAAAUAUUGUCCGACCGAUUUUGCAGAAAAUCAGUCUCUCUAAAUGCGUUAUCUUAUAGGUUAUGAAAUAAUACAUUAUCAACAAGAGCGGAAAAGAGUUUUCCAACAAAAACGUAAAGCAGAAAAGAGAAAAUGUAGCACUUUUUAGUUUUAUUGCAGUCAAAUUAGAUUUACUCAAAUUUGUACACGCGACAUAGGGAAAAAUUUCAAACAUGGAUAUUUUCCGUUUUAGGUCGAAAUUUGAAAAUCCCCACGACAAAGUUUUAGAUUUUAAUGUGCUGCAUCAUAAUCUUUUGGUUUUAAAUUUAAAAAGCUAAAAUUGAAUGUCACGGAAGCCCGAGAAGACGGCAAUAUUUUCUAGCUCGCCUUGGUGUAAAUUUCUCGUUUCCUGCAUUGUGAUUAGCUGAGAGCGAAAAUGUAAACAAAUGCGCUGAUUGGUCGAGCACGAAAUCUGCCCUUGUUGACUCCAAUACAAAUAAUACUAUUGACAUGUGUCAAAAUUGCUUGUCUGAUACUAUAACAUUUCAAACACUUAGAGUAUGAAUUUACCGUUUUGAACGAAAAAAUAUCAUUGAAAACGAUAUGGAUAGGCUAAGGCAUUUGAAAUUUAACCCUUUCGACUCAACAAGGGCAAAUAAUGUUAGCCAAUCAGCGCGUUUGUUUACAUUUUGCGUCCUUGACCAAUCAGAAUGCUUGAAAUUCGAAACGUAUAAACAAAAGGAGUGAGAAAAUAACACCUUGUUCUACGCCCUCCGUGACAUUCAAUAUUAAACUUUUUACUCCAAAACUGAGAAAUUCUGAUAAAGCAUGCUUUCUUCUUUAAUUUCCUCGGGGGGAUUUUUUAAAUUCGAUCUAGAACGCGAAAUAUUUAUGUUUGAAUAACAGUGUUUUAACGCGCGUAAAAUAGCAUACUCUCACUUGCACUAUCUUAACACACACAUAAAAAAAAUGGUAGAUUUGGCAGUUUAAACUUAUUUCCCCCACACCACAGCCGUAAUAUUUUUAAAUAUUACCUAUACUAGUAUAACAAAAAGUUAGUGAAAUUGCUGCCGUACGUGUAUUCGCAUUGCAAACUUGCAAAAAAGUUGGUGCCUUGAUUACCUUAUGUUUGACAUGAAGGCCUGGUUACCAAUAGCAUCUCAACAUCAGUACUAGCCAUAGACUGCGCGCAAUCCCUAAUAAAUAGAGGGAUUGCCGCUUUAACUAAUUGUCAAGCGUGUUUGAUUAAGCUCCGCCUACUUGUUUAUAUUUCAAAACAGGGUCAAAAACAUCUCUUGAAAGGCGCGGUCUCGAAUGACUCAAUUCGCUUAGGGCAAAACCAUCAAACAACGUGUAUAUUCUCAAAUUUCAGUCUGGCAAGUAUGAAUAUUCAUAAUCAGAAUUUGUCUGGCAGGGUUUAUUGAAGGGUCUAUUCUAUAGACUGUGACUUUCUGCGACAAUAUUUUGACAUAGUUUAAUAGUUUACAGUAAUAAAAAAUUACCAACUUAAUACAGCUAUUAAGCUGAAUUACAUGGUUAAGGUUUACAAGAAGUGUUUAUAAUUUAUAUAAACUAAACCUCUAUGCCUCUAUGUUUACAAAGCUUAAAAUUUAAACUUGAAAACAUGCAAAUGUAUACGAAUGCUAUAAAAACUAUGAACUAUGAAUUAAAACGUUUAGAACUUGCGAUUAUGAAUGUGUUCAUGUAUCUAUUAGUCUUAAUUAUUGGAAAGUCAAAGGUUCUCUUUGUCCUCAGGGAUUAAUGUGCAGUAUUUGAGUUCAAAUCCGGCAAUAGUGCCGCGAAGUUUGUGAUUUGGAUCUUCAAUGAUUUCUGUAUCCGUUCAAUGUCUUUACUCAGGUAAUUUGUGAUUCCGUAAUGAAAAACGGGCAAUGCAUAUUCUACUAUCUAGGUCGGAUGCAAGUACAAUAAAAACAAAUCAUCUCAGCAGCGGGUACAUUCGCACGUUUUAACUGACGUGAAAAUACAAUCUUUUAGAGGCUUUCUUAAUUAAUGAUACAUUGGUACUGUCAAUAUGACUAUUCCAUUUACUGUAAGAUCAAAACAAUACAUACAAUAUACAAUAUACGAUACAUACAUACAUAUAUUUACAAAGACAUACUGUACAAUAUUAUAAUAAACCCAAAUUCCAUAAACUCACCAAGUCACCAUGUAUUAAUUAGCCUAACUGUGUGGCAUUCAUCAACGACUAUGAGGGACAGUUCGUUUCUGAAUGGCGAGCUUUUAUCUUCAUUUAUCUUCAACUGAGUUCAACAAGGCAACAAAUUCAGGAGACAAAGGCUCAAAGCUUCAUCAGCAGACGCAUACACAAAUAUCUAAAAAUUGUUUUCCUUGAUCCCACUAUAAGAACGGCCGAGUUAAUAUUUCCAAAAGCGAUCAUCCUUAAUGCAAAGUCGUUGGACCGUAACUGUUCAUCAAUAAUGCUACGAAGAGGAACGAUUUAAAUACUAGAAUACUAGUUGGGCUUGAACAAACCCUUCGAAUAUAUCUUCAGCCAACAGGAAACUCUUUCCAAAUCCCGUACGGCCGUAGGAAGGACAGCUAGAACAUAUCUACCUUCAAGUAGGCACUCUAUUGCAAGCGUUUGUUCCUGUAAGCUUGUUGUAAGACUUUCAACUACAUACGUAUCAAUUUUCGUUGCUUCCCUCUGCCAGAUAGAUAUUACAGUGCGUCUACU